GUAGUGUUUGAUCCAGACAUUACUAUCACUACUGAAGUACUGGCUAUACUGUGGAAUGAGGAGCCUGAUGAUGCUGAGGAGAUUAUGAUGACUAUUGUUGGUUGGUCAUUGGCACAGAAAGCAGUGAGCACUAAAUCGGCUCAAGGCUUCCUCUCAUUCACAGUCCAUGACCUCAUCAUAGAGUAUCUUCAAGACACUGUACCUAAUGAAAAACAAGUUACAUACCACCAAGAACUAGUACAAAGUUACAGUGAUAAUUGUGAUGGUGUUUUCUCUAAGUUGAACCCGGAUGGCUACAUACAUCAGAAAUUGAUCCCUCACCUUCACUCUGCUCUGAUGUUUGAUGAACUGGGCCAACUCCUCUCAGAUAUACUGUGGCUGGCUGCCAGCUGCGUUCACUGGGACCCCAACUCACUCCUAGGGCAUUAUAAGAAAUAUCGUUUGAACGUACCUCAACAAUAUCGUGAUACUGCUAACGAAUUGCAGCUGUUUCUGAGUCGCCAUCUUGAUGUACUUGGUUCUCCUCUUAUCACUACAGAGGAUGUCAUUCAGUUAGCUCUUGCUACUCCAUCAAGACAAGCUCUAUGAGAUUGCUAGAGGAGUAGCUAGUGGAGAUACUGAUACACCCUGGCUGGACUGGUGUAAUCGUAGCUCUAUUAACCUCCCCACUGCAUUCCUCCAGUUGCAGCCACACAGGAACGAAGACAUGAGAUACUGUCAGUUCUUUGAUGGUGGAUCCAGUGUAUUAUCAUGCUCAUCCAAUCAAGCAAAAAUAUGGAAGGCUUCCACUGGUGAGGUAUUGGAGUCAUUUGGUGGUCACACUAACAGCAUAACUCAUUGUGUCAUCAAUGAAACUGGAGACCUACUAGUCACUGCAUCUGAUGAUAAAACUUGCAAGGUUUGGGAAUUUCCAAAGAAGCUCCUCUGUACAUUUACUGCUCAUCAAGACGGUGUUCAAUCUUGUGAUAUUUCUUCAGACAACAAGUUCAUUGUUUCUGCAGACAUCGGCUCUGCUGU